UUCACAGUGCGGAGGGAGCGUCUUUAUCUCCUCCUCCUCUACGACCAUCUUUGUGAUAAAACACUGGCUCUGGGCUCCCAGCAGCAGCAGCAGCAGCAGCAGCAGCAGCAGAGGCUGGCACUGCAGUUGCGCUGGCACACGUUCAACGUGGGUGCACGCAGGGAGCGAGCGAGAGAGAGAGAGAGAGAGAGAGAGAGAGAGAGAGAGAGAGAGGGACCCGCCGCAUCUUGUGGAUUUCUUUGCGAACCAGCCCGUGUACAUGGUUCUCCUCGCCGUUCCUCUGGCACGUUCUGACCGGGAGUUGGGCUCACUUCGCGAGACACAAUGUGGCAGCGCGCGGCGGCGGCGGCGGUCGCGGUUUUACUGUGUUGCGUCGGGGACUCGCGGGCAGGUUUUCCAAAUCAAAUCAACAUCGGUGGACUGUUCAUGCGCUCCACUGUGCAGGAGCACAGCGCCUUCAGGUUCGCCGUGCAGCUGUACAACACCAAUCAGAAUGUGACGGAGAAGCCCUUCCACCUCAAUUACAAUGUUGACAACCUGGAGUCGUCCAACAGCUUCUCCGUCACACACGCCUUCUGCUCCCAGUUCUCCAGAGGAGUCUACGCCAUCUUCGGCUUCUACGACAGGAAGUCCAUGAACACGCUGACCUCCUUCUGCGGGGCGCUGCACACCUCCUUCAUCACGCCCAGCUUCCCCAUCGACGCCGACGUGCAGUUCGUCAUCCAGAUGAGGCCCAGCCUGCGCGGCGCCGUCCUCAGCCUGCUGGACCACUACAAGUGGGACAAGUUUGUGUAUCUGUACGACACGGACCGAGGUUUUGCCAUCCUCCAGGCCAUCAUGGAGUCGGCGGUGGCCAAUAACUGGCAGGUGACGGCCCGCUCGGUGGGGAACAUCGUGGACCCCACCGAGUACAGACGCAUCAUCGAGGAGAUGGACCGCCGGCAGGAGAAGCGCUUCCUCAUCGACUGCGAACUGGACCGGAUCAACCUCAUCCUGGAGCAGGUGGUGACCUCGGGGAAGAACAGCAGAGGGUACCACUACAUCCUCGCCAACCUGGGCUUCUCCAACUUGAGUCUGGACAGGGUGUUUUCUGGCGGAGCCAACAUCACAGGCUUCCAGAUCAUCAACCCGGACAGCCCCAUCGUCCAGCAGUUCCUGCAGCGCUGGGAGCGCCUGGAUGAGAGAGAAUUUCCAGAAGCCAAAAACACUCCGCUGAAGUACACGUCGGCGCUGACCCACGACUCCAUCCUGGUCAUCGCCGAGGCCUUCCGCUACCUGCGGCGGCAGCGGGUGGACGUGUCGCGCAGGGGGAGCGCGGGGGACUGCCUCGCCAACCCCGCCGUGCCCUGGAGCCAGGGCAUCGACAUCGAGAGGGCCCUCAAAAUGGUCCAGGUGCAAGGUAUGACAGGAAACAUCCAGUUUGACACGUUCGGUCGGCGAGCUAAUUACACAAUUAAUGUGUAUGAGAUGAAGUCAGGAGGCCCCCGGAGGAUCGGGUACUGGAAUGAGUUCGAAAAAUUUGUAUUUAUAAUGGAUCAGCAGGUCACCAACGAGUCCUCUUCUGUGGAAAACCGAACAAUUGUGGUCACUACUAUUAUGGAAGCUCCGUACGUGAUGUACAAGAAAAACUAUAAGCUGCUGGAGGGGAAUGACAAAUAUGAAGGCUACUGUGUCGAUUUAGCGUCAGAAAUUGCGAAGCAUGUCGGGAUAAAAUAUAAGCUGUCAAUAGUGCCGGAUGGGAAGUACGGAGCCAGGGACACGGACACCAAGACGUGGAACGGGAUGGUGGGUGAACUGGUCUAUGGGAGAGCUGACAUAGCCGUCGCUCCUCUAACUAUAACGCUGGUACGAGAGGAAGUGAUCGACUUCUCCAAGCCCUUCAUGAGCUUGGGCAUCUCUAUUAUGAUCAAGAAGCCCCAAAAGUCCAAACCUGGAGUCUUUUCCUUCCUGGACCCUCUGGCCUAUGAGAUUUGGAUGUGCAUAGUCUUUGCCUAUAUCGGUGUGAGUGUGGUUCUCUUCCUGGUGAGCCGUUUCAGCCCAUAUGAGUGGCAUCUGGAUGAGAACGAUGAGGCCAAAGACCCUCAGAGCCCCCCCGACCCUCCGAACGACUUUGGGAUUUUUAAUAGCCUGUGGUUCUCUUUGGGCGCCUUCAUGCAGCAAGGAUGCGAUAUCUCACCAAGGUCUCUGUCGGGGCGUAUCGUCGGAGGCGUGUGGUGGUUCUUCACGCUCAUCAUCAUCUCCUCCUACACGGCCAACCUGGCUGCCUUCCUCACCGUGGAGAGGAUGGUGUCGCCCAUAGAGAGUGCCGAGGACCUGGCCAAGCAGACAGAAAUCGCCUACGGGACGUUAGACUCAGGCUCCACUAAGGAGUUCUUUAGGCGCUCCAAAAUAGCAGUGUAUGAGAAAAUGUGGUCGUACAUGAAAUCUGCAGAACCCUCAGUGUUUGCCAAGACAACACCAGACGGGGUUGCCCGGGUACGAAAGUCGAAGGGCAAGUUCGCCUUUCUUCUCGAGUCCACUAUGAACGAGUACAUAGAGCAGCGGAAACCAUGUGACACCAUGAAAGUGGGCGGCAACCUCGACUCUAAGGGCUAUGGUGUGGCUACACCGAAAGGCUCUGCAUUAAGAAAUGCUGUUAACCUGGCAGUGUUAAAACUGAAUGAGCAAGGCCUCUUGGACAAAUUGAAAAACAAAUGGUGGUACGACAAGGGAGAGUGCGGCAGCGGGGGAGGUGACUCUAAGGACAAGACAAGUGCACUAAGCCUGAGCAACGUGGCAGGAGUCUUCUAUAUACUGGUCGGAGGCCUGGGCCUGGCUAUGACCGUGGCCCUGAUAGAGUUCUGCUAUAAGUCACGGCAAGAGACCAAAAAACUGAAGCUCACAAAGAACUCGCAGAACUUUAAGCCAGCGCCUCCGGCCAACGCCCAGAACUUUGCCACAUACCGCGAAGGCUACAACGUGUACGGGACGGAGAGCGUGAAGAUCUAGAGGGGAUGAAACGUGCACACUCUCCCUGGUGCAUCUGGACGGAAGCCGCCGCCGCUCUGCGUGACCCCCGACACCCCCCCCCCCCCCCGAGGCCGGCUUCCUGGAGGCAACAGCCUUUUUUUCGCCAUCAGCUUGCGCACAAGCCUACAAAGUCAACAAGCGCUGGUUGUGGGCCGCGAGGCCCGUCACACUCACAGAGGGCAACAGGGCUUCUGCUUCUGGAAUCAUGGGACUUGCCUCUCGCAGUGCCUUAUGGAGCAUUUGAGCAUCGCGGCAAUGCAAUUAAAAUUCCACUCACUCAAAAACGACGACGACGGCAACAACACAAAAGAAACACCGGUGGAACUAUGGGGCGAAACGUCAUACGGGACGACAAUUAGAUAAACUGUUGUAAUUUCACUUGUUUUCUAUCUGAAGAAAAAAAAAAGCCAUGAUUUGCAGUGGAAACAGAAACUGGAGUACGGACAUACUUUUGUGGUGAAACCUUAAGUUGGAUAAAUGUUAUAUUUAGUGAAGUAAAGUCAUUUUUCUUGUUUUAGUAUAAGGAUAUUUUCAGUGUCAUAAUAUUUAGGACAGGCAUCGAUCAAUAGGGUUAAGCAUCAGUAAAGCGGACUUCACACUCCCCCGAUUCUUACUUAGACACUAACAAUCUGAACGUAGUGGUCGUCUGAACCUGCUUAGGUGGCGUCACUGUCGAAGCCUGUCAGACAUCAUACACACUGACUCUGUAUCCACUUAGAUGCUUGUUUUAAUCAACUGCGUGAGACUGCAUUUCUUUCAGCUGCCACCAUUUUUCAAACAGCCAUUUUUAUUAUUGAAGCGGCGAUCACGUGGUGCCAUACUGGGACAGCGGCCUCCUUUUAACGUGACAGUGGUUUCAAUGGUCUGACACCGUGUACACACUGGUUCCCAUGUAAAUGCAACUUCUGCAUUCUUUGGUAAACGACAACGCGCCAUAGCUUCUUCUGGUCGUUCAGCACAGGCUUCGUGUGUCUAUGCAUCACGCAGGAGGUGAGCUGUACAUUGAGGAAAGAGCUGCGAUAGAAACGCGUACGUUCCCACGAGCAAACGUUUGAUGGACUUACGGAAGAGCCCAAAACUGCUACAACCCAUGUAUGCAUACAUUUGUUUCGAUCAUCCUUUUCUCCCCUGAAGUGCAUGUGAAUUUGACGGUAAUUCUGCCAAACUGCAACUUGAAAUGGACCCUAGUUCAGUCAGUGUCCGAUGAUGAUAUUUGAUCCAGUUUGGUUUGAAGUUUUUCCGGGUCAUUUGUGAGAGUAACUCAACCAUGGGAGUUGCAUGUAUGGACACACUGAACCUCUUGGAGAGGCCAUGUACAAAGGAUUUUAUUACAUUUCCUUAAUAAAAACAGGUUUAUAUUCACCUUUUAGAUGUUCAUCUUUUUUACAUGUAAAGACAAAUUACAUACGUAAUGUCACUGUGAAUGUUGGACAAAGGUAUUUUGUCAAAAGAUCAUUUUUACCCAUUAAAAACAAUCUUCUGCCAUUUA